CUCAAAAAAACGAUUCAAGCCCUUCUUAGACUUGACACAUUAAUAAUUGUUUCACUUUACUUAAAUAUUUUUAUUUAAGAAAUAAACCUAAGUAUAGUUCAUUAGUGUAACACAAAUUACAUUAAUCAAUUCACUUAUUAAAUGUAUUUAAGACAGAGCAACUCAAAAUGAAUUGUUUUCAUUUGGGACCGCCCCUUUGCACAUCACCUUUGCGCAUGCACAAGAUCCGUUCUGUCAUUUGCCGCCUUUUGUCUAACACUGACGGUGUGAAACUGACGGUGGAAAGUCUAUUAUUUGGUAAGUAUUUGUUUUUUCUAGUAGUUUAGAAUGUUCCCUGUUUCCAAGUAGGCCUAAUGCCUUUUCAUUAUAUCGACAAGAAUAUUUGAAACCACCGUGUUAUAUUUUGCUCCGUUUUUAGUUGGGUCUAAACAGCAAGCUAGCUAGCUUGCUAGAUAUGGUUAGCAUUGAAUACUGGAUAGUAGAGAUCAUUAGAUUAUAUUAAAUUAGAUGUCACGUUAUUGUCAUUGAACACAGUACACCGAAAUUCAGUUUAAAUUCAACCAAAAAAUGCAAAGAGUAAUUCAAGUGCACGAGGUAAAGCUAGCUAGCUGGAUAACUGGUUUGUUAGCUAGCUUGCUAGAUACGGUUAGCAUUGAAUACUGGAUAAUGGAGAUCAUUAGAUUAUAUUACAUUCGAUUUAACGUUAUUGUCAUUGAACACAGUACACCGAAAUUCAGUUUAAAUUCAACCAAAAAAUGCAAAGAGUAAUUCAAGUGCACGAGGUAAAGCUAGCUAGCUGGAUAACUGGUUUGUUAGCUAGCUUGCUAGAUACGGUUAGCAUUGAAUACUGGAUAAUGGAGAUCAUUAGAUUAUAUUACAUUCGAUUUAACGUUAUUGUCAUUGAACACAGUACACCGAAAUUCAGUUUAAAUUCAACCAAAAAAUGCAAAGAGUAAGCGCCGCCAUUUUCUAUCAUAAAGCUCAGCAGGUCUGUCCAUCUCUCUCCUGGCCUUAGUGCAGGCAGAGGAGGACAGGCGGAGCCACUCGUUUCUGUAGGAGUUCAGUUGAGUUUAGUUUUUUACUGCCAAAUAUUUAAUAUAAAUAAUGAGAUAAUAUAUAUAUGUGAAUCUUGUAUGGGUUACCUCACUCACAAGCAGGCACCCAGAGUUGUGCAGAAACGUAGGCCUGCUUUAUAAAACAUGUCUACUAGACUCUUAAUUUUAAAGUGUGAUCUGUUAUCAUUUUUUUUUUGGGUUGUGCAAUCUUAGGCAAUUAUGUGUUGUCUGUGAAAAUUCAAAUAUAUAAGCAUUUUAAUCACACCUCUAAUAUAUUUAUGUUGUCUUUUGCAGUUUGAUCAGCAUUAACAAGCAUCUUGGGGCAACCUCUUAUUUAUGGUUAUGCAUGUGGCAGUGCAAACACUGCAGUUUGGAACUAGCUAGCAGGUGAAUGCGGAGUUUUUGAGGAUCACAACAUCACCACUUCAAUCAAAGUUCAUGUGGCAGCUGGACCACUUCUCAGACAAGCUCUUGAAGAUCUUCAAGACCAAAGGAGGAGUGAAGGGGCACAAAAUCAAGGAAGCCCUUGCAAUAUCAGAUUCGUUUGAAAACAUCCACAUCAAGAGGGGGUGCAUCCUGCGAAGCAUCGCGAUCUACCUCAACGAGGAUCCAGACUCUUUUUUUAAGGAGUAUCAGGCCUCUGCCUCUGAAGAUGCCAAGAGGGACAUGGCAAACACAGUCAUGGGCAUAUACACACUUCAAAGAGAUGUGGAUGGGCAGCCAGAGGACGUGGGAAUUGUCAUCGAAGGCAAUAUAGUCAUGGACAACUUGGGCAGCGUGAUUGUGGGGUUUGUCAUGCUAUUGGGACUUAUUUAUGCCCUGGAUUUGAGCUUUCCGGACAACCUCAAACACACCUUCGAGUUCAUGCAGAAGGUAGUGAUGAAUCUGGAUGGGCACAAGCUGAAUGGUAAAAUCGAAAGUCUGAAGAUCAAGUUGUUCGAUUGAAAUGUGAAAAAGAAGUGACUCAUGAGUUCAUUGUUGUCAUUUUAUUCACGAGUUUCCUAAUCAGAGCAGAUUGAGCCGUUAUAUCAAUCAUUUGUUCUGUGCUUUUCUGUAUUUGUUUCAACACACUGUAACACUAUUUCCAUAUGUUGGUGUUUGCAGUGCACUCUUUAUGUUAUGUGUUAUUGUCCUGUUAGAAGAGCAGUGCAUACCCCUGUUAUAUUGUAUUCAUUGUAUUUGGCAAAGGGAGAUUUGUAAGUUAAUUAUAGGAGUUCCAUUUCUCUGCCAUUUUAAAAAUGGUAUUAUCUUUCAGAAAUGUUUUUCAUCUUUCAGUGUGAAUUCAUUCAUUUUAAAAAGACUGUAUUGAAUGGAGGAUUGUUUUGAAUAAUGUGAAUUUAAAAAUAAAAAAAACUAAACCAUGUUUUCUAUCAUGUGUAACACAUUUUUAUUAAAUUAUAUUUAACCUCAUUAUUUCAUUUUCAAUUAAUUAAAUAGGAUUUAGGUGGACUAGCAUUAUUUAAAUUCAUAAAGGUAAUGUUAUCAUUUUACUUAAACUCUAUUUGAAAAAUUUGAGUUGGACUAACUCAUUUACAUUAUACUGCAUGGAUGCCAUUAGUUUGAGUUUGUGCCACAUAUAUUUAUUGGAUGGAAAACCUGCCAACAAUAAAAUUGAGUUAAUCCAAUGAGUUAUUUCUUUGAGUG